AUGGCAUAUUGGUAUCCGAAUUUUGAUGUUAAAAUGGAAUCAGUCAGCACCCUCUGUAUAGAAAAUGUUGGCUGGUUGAAAGAGCAAAAACUGGAAGUUAGUCAGUUUUUCCUUGACAAAAUAAAUGUUACCAAGAUACCGCCAGAUGUCUGCAGUGUUCUCUCUGAUGGAAUUUGUGUGUCCACUCUGACUUCUCAAACAACUGACCAAAGAAUGGAAGAACCAAUACUCUGUUGGGCAGAGAAGAACAUGGGUAUGCAGAGAGACACUUUAGAUCAGCAGUUCAUAAUAGUGAAGGACAAUGAUAGUGAGAUGAAUCCUUUUGAAGGACCUUGUGGAGUUGUCAUAGAGAAAAAUGGAGAUAACGGGAAGGAGUACUAUUCACACUUCAAAGGACGGGCUGAUUCAAUAUUGUCAAUGUGUUCAAGUUACUAUGACAUGAAGGGAGAAGUGCAGGAUUUGGAUGAUGGAACAAAGAGUGACAUUGCUCAAACUAACAACAAGAACAAGAACGUAGUUGCAUUUGCCUUCAAACACACUCAGGACGUUGGUGAACUUGAUGAAAAUGGCCUAACAUUCAUUGGUAUGUUUGUCUUAGAAGAUAAUUUCAAUCUAGACAACAUGAGGCAAGGAAUUGAGAUUCUGAAAGAAGGUGGAGUGAAGAUGAUAUUUGCCUCGGAAGAAGAUGUUGAAGUGCUUCGUGCCAUUGGUGAUGAAACAGGAUUGCUCAACUCACAUAAUGCUCUAGUAGUUAAGCAUGAAGAUGCUACGAAGGAAAAUGUUGAGAAAAUUUGCAUUACGGGAAAUUCCUCUCCCGCACACAAGCUUCUUUUAAUAGAGCAGUUGAAGAAAAGAGGAGAAGUGGUGGCUGUGGUAGGAGAACAAGCAUUUGGAAGUAAUGUGGUUCUUGAAGCAGCUAAUUUUGGCCUGCCUGUGGUGACUAACUGGCCUGAAACUAUAACUUGUGUGAUUAACAGCAUCAAGGGAGGAAGAAUUGUUUGUGAGUAUAUGAGGCAGUUCAUUCAAGUUGAGAUAAUCUUUGCAAUCAGUAGCAUAUUAAUAAACUUCAUACUGGUUAUACUAGACGGAGAUGGCCCGUUAACAGUCAUUCAGUUGGUAUGGGUUAACCUUCUUGUAAAAUUUAUUGGAGGGCCAGCUUUGCUAAUUACUCAUCAGGCCAUAAGACAACUAAGGGAUGAGCUUUCUAUCAGACCAAGAAAACUACCAAUUACCAAGGGCAUGUUGAGAAACAUAAUUUUUCAAGCUUCUUAUCAGACUGUUAUUUUUGUAUGCCUUCCACACAGAGGAAGUGCAAUACUGGGAAUCACUGCGAAAGUUAACAUAUCUACUGUCUUUAACGGGUUUGCUCUGUGCCAGCUUUUUAACAUAUUCAGUUUUGGAUUCAUUGAAUUAGAGGCUUUCUUGUUUAGCAACACGGCACGAUUGAAUUGGAAGCAAUGGGCUGAAUCCAUUUUAAUUGGAGCUGUUACAUGGUUGCUUGAUGUGAUAGUAAAAUGGGCAUCACAAUACAUAAAGAUAGACACAUAUUGUGAUUGUGGAGUUCUUCACCUAGCUAGAAACUGGUUCCAGUAUUGGUUUAUGAGGAUCAAUUGCUGUUACUGUGGACCAAGAAGUACACCAAAUCCAACUCUUGCUUCCUUGGAUUCUUCAAGAUCCACUAGCGGAAACGGCUGGCUAACAAAUAUCACACGUCGUGUUAAACCAACCAAGCAUAGAGCUAAUACUUUGAUGGAUUAA